CAAAAUCCAGCCCACAGAUUGUUUGUAAUCCACAAUAGGGCUGCCUCACCUGCCCGGUCCACAGGUACAGCGAGAAACUCCGGAAGGUGGAGGAAGACAGAACACUGACUUUCUGUUUUGAGGCAAACAUUACUGGUGUAUUUAAGGUCCUUGGUUUGCUGUGUGCAGCUAGAAGAUAUAAAGAGGAGGCAGCAUACAUCCAUAUUCUGCAGCUUGCCAUGGACUGGAAGAACUUCCAGGCGCUGCUCAGCGGAGUCAAUAAGUACUCCACGGCAUUUGGCCGCAUCUGGCUCUCGGUGGUGUUCGUGUUCCGGGUGCUUGUGUAUGUGGUGGCGGCUGAGCGCGUUUGGGGUGAUGAGCAGAAGGACUUUGACUGCAACACACGGCAGCCCGGCUGCCCCAACGUCUGCUAUGACCAGUUCUUCCCCAUUUCCCACGUGCGCCUUUGGGCACUGCAGCUCAUCUUCGUCACCUGCCCCUCGCUGUUGGUGGUGAUGCACGUGGCGUACCGCAAGGAGCGCGAGCGAAAGCACCGUGUUAAGCAUGGCAUGGAGGCCAAACUCUAUGAGAAUACUGGCAAGAAGCAUGGCGGUUUGUGGUGGACAUACUUGCUCAGCUUAUUCUUCAAGACAGGAAUUGAGAUUGCCUUUCUGUACCUGCUGCACUUCAUCUACGACAGCUUUUACUUGCCUAGACUGGUCAAAUGCAACUCCAAGCCCUGCCCCAACCAGGUGGACUGCUACAUUGGGCGCCCCACUGAGAAGAAGGUUUUCACAUACUUUAUGGUGGGGGCCUCAGCCUUCUGCAUCGUGCUCAACAUCUGUGAGAUCAUGUACUUGAUCUUCAAGCGCAUUUCACGCGUCGCCCGCCAGAUGAAGAGACAGACUCGCAUUACGGUAUCGCAUCAUAACGACUGCAAGAACAAUGCAUGCUGCAACUGCCACCUGCCCAUGAACCGGCUCGACAUCAAGCCCAGCCUCCGCAUCAAGGAGGACAUGAGAGCCUCCGCUCCCAAUCUGUCCUGGGCUCCCUAGGAGCUCCAGCGACCUUCACCAGCUGGAGGACAAUCAGUAUCACAGCGGUGGCCCUGACUGCUCUGAGAGCAGCACAACCCCCUGCUGAAGCAGACUGAGUCCCGCAUAGCUGGAAGCUGUGAGGGCUGGACUGUCAUGGGGCAGCAGGCUGGGUACUGGGCUCUGAAUAGUACACCAUUUCAGGGGCUUUUGAUUGAAAAUAACCUGCAAUCGAAUGGAUUUCAUUGGUUGUUUAAUAUUUGUCAUAAUAAAUUCAUCCAUCAAUGUA